AUGAAUCUCCCACAAUUUGAACGAUUUUCUGUGCAUGAUGAGCCGGCAACAGUUGGACAAAGAUGGGCAAAAUACGUCAAGAGACUGAAUAAUUUGUUUACGGCAUUUGCUAUCAACGAUGCCAAGCAGCAACGAGCGCUUUUGCUCCACUAUGCUGGACCGGAGGUUUCGGACAUUUUUGACACGUUACCUGAUACGGGUGAGUCCUAUGAAUCAGCCAAAAAAGCACUCGAAAAGCAUUUCUGUCCAUCAGUGAACAUAGAAUAUGAGCGUUUUGUGUUCAGGCAGUGUAGACAAAAUGAAGAUGAGACUGUUGAUCACUAUUGUCAGCGAUUGCAAAAACUUGCUGUUUCGUGUGAUUUUGCUGACAAGGAUGGCGAAAUUAAGUCGCAAAUUAUUCUUGGAUGCCAUUCACAAAAGCUACGCCGACAUGCAUUGCGAGAAACAAUCUCGUUGGACAAACUCCUUAGUACAGCACGGGCUUAUGAACAAGCAGAUCGUCAUGCUGCAGUGAUCGAGGGUGCUGAAGCUACCGCUAUGACCGUCCAAGCGGUUGGGGCUCGUAAUCGUACACACCCAGUGCAACGUCAGCGACAGUCGCAACAACACCAUACAGCAAAGACUGAGCACUCUACAUGCCGCAACUGUGGAGGUGUGUUCCCGCACCGACACAAACCUUGUCCAGCCAAGGGCCAGACAUGUCAUGCCUGUGGUAAGCAAAAUCAUUUUGCCAAGUACUGUAUGUCUAAAAACAAAGCUAAAGCUGCUAGUGCUAAACACGUCCAAGCCAGUACCACUACCACCUGUGACAUUGACCCUCAAACCAAGAGUUCAGGCCCAGAACCUCCAAGUACAGGUCAAUAUGAGCACUACCAGUUUCAUGUCCAGGCACAAUCACUACCUGAUGUGCCUAAACCAACUGUAACUGUACAUGUAAAUGGCACCCCCAUCAGUGCUCUCAUCGAUACAGGGGCAUCAGUCAUGAUGAUGUCUCAGCGGACAUUCGCUAGGAUCACGCCACAGCCACGUUUAGUUGUACAUUCUGAUCCUGUGUACGGCUAUGGCAGUGACACCCCUCUUGAUGUUCAAGGUACCUUCACAGCGACAGUAAGCUACAAGUCGUCGUCUGCUAACACUACAGUUUACGUUACCUCUCAUGAUGGUGCUACGCUUCUGAACUUAGCAACAGCCACUGCCCUCAAUCUCGUAAAACUCACAUAUGCCACAUCAUCAGCUUCGCCUAGGUCAGUCUAUCCAGAUCGUUUUACCGGCAUAGGCAAACUGAAAAACUAUCGCUAUCACAUACAGGCAGACACAUCUCUAACUCCUGUAGCUGUUCCACAUCGUCGUAUACCAUUUCACAUGACAAAGUGGUAA